AAUCAAAACUACACUGUAGAUCUACUAGUAUAUCGAAAGGAAUACUUUGAGAGAAAGAUGAAAGGAAUAUUCUCGAGGCUAUUCCACAAAAGAACAGCAAAUCUUUCAAGGGAGUCUUCACUUAAACGAUGUUUGAACACGUUUGAUUUAACMAUCCUUGGCAUUGGUUCUUGUCUAGGAGCUGGUUUAUACGUUGUUACUGGUGAAUUGGCUCGUGAUGUUGCGGGUCCCUCCGUAGUGAUUUCAUUCUUUAUAGCCGCUGUUGCAGCUUUUYUGUCAGGGCUCUGUUAUGCUGAAUACUGUUCRCGUGUGCCUACUUGUGGAUCGGCUUACUCGUAUAGUUACCUAACUCUCGGUGAAUUAAUUGCCUUCAUAGUUGGUUGGAAUAUGUCCCUUGAAUACAUCAUUWCUGGAGCAUCGGUAGCSAGAGCAUGCAGCGAGAACAUUAACUCAAUUGCAGGGGGAAAGAUUUACGAAUUUUUCAUACAGAACAUUGGCUCAUGGCAUGAAUCUUUUCUUGGGUCGUUUCCUGACUUUUUGGCUUUGUUCUUACUUCUUUGUACUACAAUWRUAGCUUGUCUUGGAGUCAGGAAGUCCUCUAUUUUCAACGCAGUGACAACAAUUGUUAACAUCAUAGUAAUACUGCUUAUAAUAUUUGGAGGGAUGUAUUUURUCAAUACAGACAAUUGGUCAUCUCCUGARAAAUUUGCACCGUUUGGUGUUGGCGGGAUUCUCACCGCUGCUGGAAGUGCCUUCUUYGCUACAAGUGGYUUUGAAAUUGUAGCAUCAGCGGGCGAAGAAGCAAUCAAUCCUCGAGUAUCAUUACCAGUGUCGAUAAUUCUGUCUUUAUCCCUAUGUUUUCUUUGCUACUUUGGUGUUACUGCGAUCUUGACUCUCAUCAUACCAUACAACAAGUUAAGUCAGUUUGCAGCGUUGGCUGAUGCAUUUGCAACUAGAGGUCUACACUUCGCCAAGUAUAUAAUAUCAAUUGGUGCCAUUUGUGCCACGUCUUGUGUUUUGCAGUGUGUAACAUUCUCCGCUGCAAGAGUUAUUUAUACCAUGGCCCAGGAUGGAUUGUUGUUUGAAUUCCUGUCCCAUGUCAACCAAACAACUAMGGUCCCUGUAAGAGCGACAUUGGUCCACUUCUGCAUAGCAGGUGGAAUGGCAUUACUGUUAGACAUUAAACAGUUGGUAGAGAUGGUGUCAAUUGGUACUCUUGUUGCCUACWCGUCCAUAGCUUUAGGUGUUAUACUAACCCGUUAUGAACCAGAUGUAGCUAGCGUAUCUAUCAAUACUGAUGGUCAGGUUGGAAUAACACGGAGGAAUUGGCUUAAGACAUUGUGUUGUGCAAAGCAAUCGGAUAAAGAAGAACUAGAAUACCAAGAGCUAACAGACAAAGACAGCCUUCAGAACGAAUCCAAUAAUGAMGAAUCAUCCAAUCAUAAAGCCAAUCCAACGUCUAAGUCAUACCAAUACGCUGUCAUGGCAACCAUCUCUUUGGUCAUUGGAAUUCUGGGAUUAACACUAACAUUGUCACGUGGGUUUGCUGCAUUAAAGAAGAAAGAAGUCUGGGCUAUCGUACUAGUUUGYGUGUUUGGUUUACAGAUGGUUGUUUCAUUMAUGAUAUUGCGAAGACAACCAAGAAACCAUACAACAUUUCCUUUUAUGGUUCCCGGAUGUCCAUAUACACCAACUGCUGCUCUUUUCAUUAAUGUGUUAUUGAUAGUUAACUUGAGUUAUUGGACGUACGUGCGUGUUGGUGUUUGGAUGACUAUAGGUUUCCUUAUAUAUGGUUUCUAUGGUUACAGACACAGCAUCGAAAGGAAGAGUAUGAGAAACCAUGACAACCAAGACAACGAGACAGAGAAACACCUUCCGYUCGAGCCAAUCAUGAAACAACCACAAGAAAAAGAUUGACAUAUUUUGCAUUUUACGUAGUUACCUUAGUUAAUUAUAYGUAAAGGGUUAAACGUCUUUGCAUAACGCGAACAAUGUUUCUUCUAACGUAUUUCCACAAAAACGUCAACGUAGGCUAUUAUUUGUACCAUGACAGCAUCUUACCAUGACACAUGUACUGUCAACGUACUGAAUACUGUUACACGUAACGCAUUUCCGUAGUAACUUCAAAGUAGCGCUGUACGCAAGGCUAUUAUAGUAUAAUGAUAUAUGUACUGUCAACGUACUGAAUACUGUUACACGUAACGCAUUUACGCAUUUCCGUAGUAACUUCAAAGUAGCGCUGUACGCAAGGCUAUUAUAGUAUAAUGAUAUAUGUACUGCCAACGUACUGAAUGCUGUUACACGUAAAGCAGACUAAAAUGAUGUGACAUGCUUCAUGUAUUUACCGUUUUGAAUAGCUCUGGUGGUGCCGCUACA